AUGGACUAUUCUUCUGAAGCGUACGAGGCUGUGUUUCGGUCUCUGCUCCGGUUCUACCAGUCUAAGUCCUUGGUUGACGAUGAAAACGCCAGCAAGGAGCCCAUGUUCAACCCUGAAGCGGUCAUCGCCCACUGCUUCAAGCAGUUCAAGCAGGAGGACUUCCAUCUGCCUCAGAGCCCCAGGAGGAUCAUCAUCUUGCCUCGAAAGGAGGCUCUGAUGCCCGUCAAUCCCACCCCCCAACCCCAGGCUCCCCCCAAGCCCACCCCCAGCUCCAAAGCCCUGGAAGUUGGGGACAUCCAAGAACAGCCAGAGGACCCAAGGGCCUGGCUGACCCAGAGGCUGACGUUUCGGCAGGACCUGGAGUCAUUUGGCAACAUAGAGAGGUGGCUGCAGAACAAGUCCAGACUCACGCCUUCGGAGGCCAAGGUCCUACGUGAGAGCCACAAGGAGCACGAGGCCCGGCUGAUGGGCCAGCUGGCCACUACCAGAGACACCAAGAAGAAAAGCCUGCGACCCCUCCACCGGCAAGUGCCCCAGCUACAACUGCCCGAACCCUCUGCCCUGUCGGCCUUGUACUCUUACCUGUGUAGCCACAAGAUCAAGAUCCAGGAGGUAUUUCACAAGGUGGAGCAGGGCAAGAACCAGAGGAUCUCCAGGGAGGAGUUCAUCACGGCUCUGAAGGCGGUUGGAGUCCCUCUGAAAAGCCAGGAGGUGGAGGACAUCGUGAUCUAUCUCAGCUCUCUGGGAAAGCACAACAGCAUCACCGGGGAUAGCCUGGCCAGCACCUACAAGCAGUGGUCUUUGGCUCAGCAGAAAAGCACCCUGGCAACUGCAACAGAGUACUACAGAUCUGCCAAGGACAGUGGUUCCCCACAGGGUCCAUCCAAGAAGCAGCAGGUGAAUUUAGCCCCAGAGCCUCUCAAGAUGGACCUGCUGACCGUGCCCGUGGUAGACAUCGAGAUGGAGGCACGGCCCAUGACCCUGGAGGAGAUGGAGGAUGUGGGCAAGCGGUACCGCGAGAAGAAGCGGCAGAGCAAGCUCACCAUCCCCUCCAUCCAGUACACGGAGCAGUGCCGCCUGGUGCGCAGCGGAAACAAGCACUUUGAUGAGCACUGCCUCCCGUCCACCAUCCACGGGGAGAUGGAGGCGGUCAUCAACAGGUCGCGCACCCGCACCUUUCUGGUCUACCUGCAGUGCUGGAAGCUCUGCAAAUCCUACGGCCUCCCGCUGACCGAGAACGUCCUCGUGAGAGCCCUGAUGUACCCGGGGGACAAGAUCAUUUUGCAGAAGGACCAGGUGCGUCCGAUCCGGCAACCGGGAGGCUACUACUCAGACCUGAAGAUCUUCAGUCCGAACCUGGCCCUGCUCCGAUCCCAGGGCGUUUCCAAACCUGUGGCUCAGAAGCCUGACAAGAACAUGCUGAAGAAAAUCAAGAAAGUCAGCUUUAAGAAGUUUGAGGAAUUCACCAGGAAGCUGAAGGCGAAGAGGCCCAGUGGUCCGCAGCUAACCCAUCCCAAUUUCUUCUGGCCGGGUCACCUCCUGGACAAGCUACAGCUCUACCUGCCCACUGUGACCGUGGACCGGAGCCUGGCGCUCUUCAGUUGUGUCCAACACCGGUCCCAGGCCUACUCAGCCACCUACCAUCCCGACCACUGGUGGCGCAUUAAGGACAUGAACUACAUGACCUAUUCCUAUUACGAUGCCCCCAAGAUCUACCACAUCAACUAG